AUGGAAUAUCUCCAAGAGUAUCCCAGUGACGACGAAGAAGAAGAUGACGAAAAGGUUGAAUCAUCAGAUGAAGCAUUAAACUCGGAGAUUUCACUGAAUCGAUUGAAUCAACAGCCACUACUCAUCUCUACUACUACUACUAGCAAACUUCCAUCUACUGUUGAAUCUCUACAACUCUUUCUGCAGAAUUAUCUUUACCAACGGCAUCAAAUGAGUAGUAUAUAUCUAUACAUGCCAUGGAGACCAAGUGCAGCAUCUACGAUGAUUAUUCGUGCCUUGAGUUCUCAAUUGGAACACCAUCUAAGGGAGCGAUUUGGAUCACAAUUGAAGGACUACCAAUUGGAAAAGAUUACAACUAAUCCUCGGGAUGUUGGGUAUCAUAUUUCAUUGACUAGGAAUAUUCCUUGCAACAGUAAUCUAGCUGUUCAAUUUAAUAAAAACAUCACCAAAGCAUUUGAAUCUUUUGAAGUUGAUCAACUGGCUAUUGGUGAAGAUCUUGAUGCUUUUGCUCUACGGAAAGGUAUUAGCAAACUCUUUGGUGAAGAGGUUGCUUUGGCUCUGACAAAGAAGCCUCUGCCGUGUCUUCAGAUUCGAUUCAAAAACACUUGUGUCUUAUUCUCGAAUCCAGAUUACUCUUCGCUCUUUUUAGGGUUGCCCAUACGAUCAGAGCAUGUGCCUAUGUUCCAUCGCAUGCGUUCAACCAUUGAUGAAGUCAUGAAUGCAAUGGAACUCCCUUUAGACAAGGAGAACACUCCCGAGAACUACCAUUUAACCAUUGCGAUAUGUAAGAAUAACAUUAGUCCCUCCAUCUCUCCAAAAGUGUUUGAACAGAUGCAAUCCCAUAUGUCUUCGCUUACCGUGGAUGCUUCCAAGUUAGAAGUGUCUCGACCUAAGAUUAGAGUAUAA